CGUGCCACGAUCAGCAACCGAUUUUCAGAAUAGUUAGUAAAAAGUUUGUAAAGCCAACCAGGCUCACGCUCCACGAAUUUCCGAACGACGAGGAUUCAAAGGAAACAGAAGGAUUUGUGAGAUGACGAACGCGGACGACUAACAAAUGACGGAAUUCUUUGCUGAAUGCAUCGAAAUAUAAAGUUGGAUACAUACACAAAAGAUGUGGAAAGUUCGAUCGAUUUUGAGCAUUUUCACGAUAUUGCUCAUAAUAAGAUUUACAAAAGCUGAUUAUUACGAGUAUAAUCGAGACCAAUACCGACAAAGCAAUGCUCCCUUUAAAUGUACAGAAGAGGGUUACCAUCCCGAUCCGCGUGACUGCAGAGUUUACUAUAGAUGUGUAGAUUGGGGCAACGGCAGUCCGCUGACGACCUUCAAGUUUGAAUGCGGAGUAGGCACAGUGUUCUCCAAGGAUAAGGGAGACGUUUGUACGUAUCCAGAAGAUAGUGGUCGACCUGAAUGUGGCAGCUCCGAGAAUGAACUUGAUUCGAAUGUACAAGAUCCUCCUUCUCCUACAUGGACAACAACAAUACGAACAACUAUGUGGUCACAAUCAACUAUGAUACAGUCCCCAAUAACUAAACCAUCUACAAUCACAACUGAAGCUGCGACAACAAUAAAAAAACCAGAAACAACAAUACUACCACCAUUAACAAAUCGGCCACCUAUAGACGAACCGGAGGAUAACGUUGUUAAUUGUCAAAAUGGAUACCAAAAAUGUAUACAAGAAGGAUUUUUAGCAGAUACUUGUGAUUGCAGAAAAUUCUACAGAUGUGUAAACGAAGGUUACGGAAAGUUUACAAAAUAUGAGUUUAAGUGUGGAGUGGGAACUGUUUGGGAUCCAGAAAUUCAAGCAUGUAAUCACGCUUGGGCUGUUACAAGGAAAGAUUGUAAGCAGAACUUGGAAAGUGGGGAUAAUAAUGGACAAUGGAACGGUGACACUGGAGACAACAGUGGACAAUGGAAUGGUGAUACUGGUAGUCCAGGACAACCUGGAGAUCCAAAUGGUCAACCAGGACAAACUGGAGAUCCAAAUGGCCAACCAGGACAACCUGGAGAUCCAAAUGGCCAACCAGGGUCACCGGGUAGUCCAGGCUCUCCGGGAUACCCAGGAACACCAGGUUCUCCAGGCACUCCAGGUUCACCGGGUAGUCCAGGCUCUCCGGGAUACCCAGGGACACCAGGUUCUCCAGGCUCUCCGGGAUAUCCGGGGACAUCACCGGGUUCUCCAGGCACUCCAGGUUCACCAGGUAGUUCAGGCUCUCCGGGAUAUCCAGGGACAUCAGGUUCUCCAGGCUCUCCGGGAUAUCCGGGGACACCGGGUUCUCCAGGGACUCCAGGUUCACCGGGUAGUCCAGGCUCUCCGGGAUACCCAGGGACACCAGGUUCUCCAGGCUCUCCGGGAUAUCCGGGGACACCGGGUUCUCCAGGCACUCCAGGUUCACCGGCUAGUCCAGGCUCUCCGGGAUACCCAGGGACACCAAGUUCUCCAGGCUCUCCGGGAUAUCCGGGAACAUCACCGGGUUCUCCAGGAACUCCAGGUUCACCGGGUAGUCCAGGCUCUCCGGGAUACCCAGGGACACCAGGUUCUCCAGGCUCUCCGGGAUAUCCGGGUUCUCCAGGCACUCCAGGUUCACCGGGUAGUUCAGGCUCUCCGGGAUACCCAGGAACACCGGGUUCUCCAGGCUCUCCGGGAUAUCCGGGGACAUCACCGGGUUCUUCAGGUACUCCGGGUUCUCCGGGUAGUCCAGGCACUCCGGGAUACCCAGGAACACCAGGUUCUCCAGGCUCUCCAGGUUCGCCGGGUAGUCCAGGCACUCCGGGAUAUCCAGGAACACCGAGUUUUCCAGGCACUCCGGGAUACCCAGGGACACCGGGUUCUCCAGGCUCUCCGGGAUAUCCGGGAAUAUCACCGGGUUCUCCAGGCACUCCGGGUUCUCCAGGUAGUCCAGGUACUCCGGGAUCUCCAGGGACACCGGGUUCUCCAGGCACUCCAGGUUCAUCGGGUAGUCCAGGCUCUCCAGGAUAUCCAGGAACACCGGGUUCUCCAGGCACUCCGGGUUCUCCGGCUAGUCCAGGCACUCCAGGUAGUCCUGGCUCUCCGGGAUACCCAGGAACACCGGGUUCUCCAGGGUCUCCAGGUUCGCCGGGUAGUCCAGGUAGUCCAGGCACUCCAGGUAGUCCAGGCUCUCCAGGAUAUCCGGGAACAUCACCGGGUUCUCCAGGCACUCCGGGUAGUCCAGGCACUCCAGGUAGUCCAGGCUCUCCGGGAUAUCCGGGGACACCGGGUUCUCCAGGCUCUCCGGGAUCCCCAGGAACACCGGGUUCUCCAGGCACUCCGGGUUCGACGGGUAGUCCAGGCUCUCCGGGAUACCCAGGUACACCGGGUUCUCCUGGCUCUUCGGGAUAUCCAGGGAGACCGGGUUCUCCAGGCACUCCAGGUUCUCCGGGUAGUCCCGGCACUCCAGGAUACCCAGGGACACCGGGUUCUCCGAGCAGUCCAAACAUUCCUGGAUCUCCUGGAAAUCCAGACUCACCGAACUCAUCUGUUAAUCAACCGUCAACAGGUAUUUGUACAGUAGAAGGCUUUUUCUCUGAUCCACAAGAUUGUCGUAAGUUUUAUCGAUGUGUCGAUAAUGGCAUGUCCUCUUUUAUAAAAUACGACUUUCAAUGUGGUGCUGGAACCGUCUGGGAUUCGUCCAUUCAGAGUUGCAAUCAUGCUUAUGCUGUACCGCAUUGCAAUAAAGCAAAUGGUGCAAUUACAGAUAAACCCGACACAUCGCUGAAUGAAAUAAAUAGUACAAUUGGACCAGAUACAAGCAAAUUACCAUCGCAAUCUUCUGAAAGCUCGACUUUCCCAUCUACAAAACCAGACAUACAAUCUUCGGCUCAACCUGAUAGCACUACCGGUAAUUCCAUUGCACCAUCUCAGACGACGUCAACUUCUUAUUUGCCACCCAGUAGUACAUACUCGUCUUCGACAAUGCAAGUUACCGAAUCUGUUUCUUAUGUUCCUCCUGCAUCACAAAUGACUACUACAUCUGUAUCUUAUUUGCCACCCUCGACUACUACCAACGGAAUAUCUGAAUCUACACCCGAAUCUGUUUCAUAUUUGCCACCUGAUACUAGUUCAACAACUACUUUGCCAAGUUCUGCUUCGUCAGCUGCAUCUUCACCUCAGAAUGAAAAAUACAAGUGUACUAAAGAAGGUUUCUUUCCGGAUCCUGAUAACUGCAAAAAAUUCUAUCGUUGUGUUCAAGACCAAUCCGGAUAUCAAAAAUACGAAUUUGAGUGCAGCCCUGGUACAGCAUGGGAUCAAUUAAUACAAACAUGUAAUUAUAUCGAUAAAGUAGCUUCAUGUUCAUCAGGUAGCAAUGAAAUCGAUCAAGGCCUUGGAUCCAGUACUCCUACAUCUGAACUUCCUGCCAUGAGUAGUUCCACAACUGUUUCUAGUCAAACAAUUGCGACUACAUCUCCAAUUCCAAUUUCUACCGAAAGCACUACAACUGUCAGUACUUCAAGUGAAACAUCAGACAAAACAGAGUCAUCAUCGACAACAAGUACUAUCACAUCUGUUAGUAGUAGCGAAAAUCCAGCUUCAGAAAAACCAGAAGAGGUUCAAAUGCCUGGUUCUAGUACAGAAAUUUCAUCCGAAUCCUCAUCUGAAUCUACUUCUGAAUCAAAUGAAGGAUCAUCUUCAUCUACAUCAGAAUCACAUGCACCAGAUUGUGCGACACAAAAGCCGAGCAACGCAAUAGUAUGCAAUAACGAAGGAUUUUAUCCGCAUCCAACUAGGUGCGAUAAGUUCUAUCGCUGUGUCAAUAAUGGCAAUGGUUUCAAUGUAUAUCAUUUUGACUGCCCACCAGGCACUAUUUUUGAUUCUAGCAUCAGUGUAUGUAAUUAUCCUGAAUCUGUUUACCCCGCAAAAGAUUGUACGACUGGAAAUACUUCAACCAGUGUAGAAUCGACAACUCAAUCCGGAACGCCUGAACAAUCGACAUCAGAGGCAACUGCUACUGUAGCUGCACAUGGCACAACUCAGCAAACAGAAGAAAGUACAAUCACAACGACUGAGCUUGGUACGUCAACUUCAGAAGAAAGCGCUUCUACUUCUACAGAAUCAACGACAUCAAAUUCGCUACCGGAGAGUAGCGAAAGUAUGAUAGAGUCUACGACUGAAUCAACUACUGCCACUACAGAAACUGCUAUCGAUUCUAGCACUUCUGAACAAAGUAGUGAAGCUACAACUGAAGCUGCUCCUUCCACAGAAUCCGGAAUGUCUACGACCGAGUCUCAAGAACAAUCUACGGAAUCCCAGGAACAAUCGACAACUGAAGAAUCCCAGGAGCAAUCAACAACAGAGUCAAAAGAACCAUCUACUACAGAAACUCAAGAACAAUCAACGACCGAAUUACAGGAACAAUCCACGAUAGAAUCUCAAGAACAAACGACUGAAUCAUCAGAAUCGACAACAGCGGAACAAGGAGCACCUUGUUCUAUAGGCAAUUUAACUGACGAUCAAAUAACUCUAGUUUGUCCCUCUGGCUUCCGAAGGCAUCCGAAACAUUGUAAUCUAUUCUAUCAAUGUACUUCCGAAGGCAACAUGGAAAUAAAGAUUCUCGUAUUGAGUUGUCCCGAAAAUACCAUUUUUGACGAGAAAAAGAUUCAAUGUCUAUCCGAAAGUGAAAGCAGUCAGCCAUGCAUGGGAACCAAGACAAGUGCCAGAUUUUAUAGAAGAUUAGAAGAUCAUGCUUUAUCACCUGUAAAAGUAUCGUCAAAUCAGCUUUGUCCGCAAGAAGGACAUUUUCCUUAUCGACAAGGUUGCAGCAAUACCUUUUACAAGUGUAAACGCGAUGUCCGAAACAGUUUACAGGGAUACCUCUAUAAAUGUCCCGAAAACUUUGUUUAUUGGUCGGUCUCUAGAAGAUGCGAACGUGUGACACGUCUCCCAAUGUGUUCGCAUUUGUCGUAUAGAGAUAAAAUUGACUGGAAUGAUCGAUGGCAAAUACCGACCGAAGAUUUUAAUCUUUCCGCCAGAAUGUUACACUUCUCUUGAUUGCUUUAUGGUAUUUCCUAUAUUUUACACUCUUAGUAAAUACGAGUUGCAAAUUAGCCAUAAUAAUGUCUAUAGAAAACAUAUAUUCUUUUUAAUUAAUUGCCAUUCUCGAU